AUGUCGAGUGCCAAGCCUGUGCUGACGUUCGUGACGGGCAACGCCAACAAACUGAAGGAGGUGGUGGCCAUCCUGGGUGCCGACUUCCCUUUCGAGUUGCGAAACCAGGCUGUGGACCUUCCAGAGCUGCAGGGCGAGCCGGCUGAUAUCGCCAAGGAGAAGUGCCGCCUCGCAGCCAAGCAGGUGCAAGGUGCUGUGCUUGUGGAGGACACAUCGCUCUGCUUCAACGCGCUCAAGGGUCUACCUGGCCCGUACAUUAAGUGGUUUUUGGAGAAGACGGGUCACGACGGCCUUAAUAAUAUGCUAGCUGCCUACGAGGACAAAUCUGCGUAUGCCCAGUGCAUCUUCGCCUACGCACCAGCGGGUGCUGAGCCUCAGGUGUUCGUCGGCCAGACGCACGGCAAGAUCGUUCCAGCUCGCGGUCCUACCACUUUCGGCUGGGACCCGGUCUUCCAACCGGACGGAUUUGAACAAACGUACGCCGAGAUGGAGAAGGUCACCAAGAACCAGAUUUCGCACCGCUACAAGGCUCUGGAGGCACUUAAGACUCACCUUGUGAAGCCUGUUGACAAGUAA